UUUUAACAUGAGACUCAAAUAAUCAUAAAUUAUGAUACCUUGACAUUCUUUCAAUAAUUCUUAUAAUCAUGAAAAUUAUAUAUCAAGAAAUCUGUGGAAUUUUCCGCUUUCCGAAUGAAGAGUCAAAUAAAUUUUGAAAAAAUCAUUAAGGAAAAAAAUUAGGAUGCAAUAAAAAGAUUUUACGCUCUUUUACUCUGCGUAUGAUAAGAAAAAAAUAUACAUUUCAAACUGUGUCUGUCUGAAUUUUAUUUAUGGUUUAACGCGUGCACAGUUAAGAAAUUUUGACAUUUCGCAUGGCAAUCGAAAUCGAUGCUAUGUUACGCAUGAAAGCGUGUGUUCUCCACUCCGUCGCGAGUACGAGCGUAGCCACGUGCGUCGUCAGUUGUCAUUGCUUAUACCGUUCUUAAUGAUUACUAGUUGUUCUGUUUCGCUAAAACAUUGUUUUGCACACUCCGUUUUUUUUUCUACAUCAUUGUUGUGUCAACAAUCAACAUGCCGAAAGUUUUGAGGGAAAAAAAUAUUUCUCAACAACGAGAAGCUUUCCGCCAAGGGAUAAAUUUCAAAAAGAAAUACGGUCAACAUAUCUUGUCAAAUCCUCUUAUUAUCAAGAGUAUCAUUAACAAAGCUGCCAUCAAAUCAACCGAUGUUGUUUUAGAGGUUGGCUCAGGUACUGGAAAUUUGACUGUAAAAUUGCUGGAAAAUGCUAAAAAAGUUAUUGCCUAUGAAAUUGAUGGAAGAAUGGUGUCUGAAUUGGAGAAACGUGUGAUGGGUACACCCAUGCAAGCAAAAUUAAAAAUCAUAAGUGGUGAUGUUAUUGAUGAUGAAUCAGAGCUGCCUGUCUUUGAUUUGUGCAUUGCCAAUGUUCCGUACCAAAUAUCUUCCCAAUUAGUAUUUAAACUCUUAGAACACAGACCAAUGUUUAGAUGUGCGGUUCUUAUGUUUCAGAAAGAAUUUGCUGACACAUUGAUGGCUCAACCAGGAGAAAAAAAUUACAGUAGACUCAGUGUGAACGCACAGUUGCUUGCUAAAGUUGAUAAGUUAUUGAAUGUUGGAAAAAACAAUUUCACUCCUCCACCAAAAGUUGAAUCUUGUGUUGUAAGAAUAGAACCAAAAAAUCCACAACCAAACAUUAAUUUCCAAGAAUGGAAUGGGCUAACAAGAUUACUUUUCAGUAGAAAAAAUAGAACAUUAUCUGCUAUUUUUAAAUUAACUUCAAAUUUGAAACUUAUCAAUGAAAAUUAUGAAGUUUAUUGUAGUCAUAAUAAUAUUCCUAUUCCAGAUAAUUUCAAUAUAAAAGAAAAGGUUGAUGAUAUCUUGACAAUGCAUAAAAUAGCUGAAAUGCGGGCACGAACAAUGGAUGCUGAUGACUUCAUCAGAGUUUUAACUGCAUUUAAUAAAGAAGGAAUUCAUUUUUUUAGUGAAAAAUAAUCAUAAAAUAUUGUGAAUAC